UCUAGCAACUGGUCAUUUCAAUACUUCUUUUACAUGCAAUUUUCACAACAAGACUAACAGUUCUAUCAUGAAGAUUGGAAUUGCUGCUCUCAUUGCAGGAAUUAUUGGUGCUAUUGGCAUAAUUCUGUUUCUGGUAGCAUUUGGAACAGAAUAUUGGCUACUUGCAACAGAGACCUGUGAAAGUUUUGAUUGUAACAAUGGGACUUUGGACACUGAAGAAGAGAAUGAUGAAGAUAUAAGGGACUAUGAGGAAAUGUCUGUUAUAUACCAUCAUGAAGGAUUCUUCUGGCGUUGUUGGUUUUUUGGAGAUGAUCCACAAACUUCAGUCUGGAGAUACUGGUUUAUGAACCAGCCUCACCCCAAGCGCUGUAUUCCUGGGUAUCUCUUUCCUAUGCCAACUGCUGUUGGGCCUUUCCCACAUCCUUCUUUUGAUGCAACUACAGUGUACAGAGGCUUCUGGACGAUCUUUAUUAUACUGGGUAUUGGUUCUGGUCUGGCUGGAGGAUUUCUGCUGGUGUGUGGUAUGCCCUUUGCCAAUGCUGGAUGUUACAAAAUUGGAGGUGGCUUUCUGAUGAUAUCAGGGGCCCUAUUUAGCCUGAUACUCAGCCUGUUUGUAUUAUGGAAGGAAUAUGCUGUUGAUUUUCCAAAGUACAUAUCUAUAGAAAGGAGCAACAGGUGUGUCCCAGAAAAUGUCAUCAUUGAUGUGCAAUAUGGAUGGUCAUUCAUAUUUGCUGCCUUUGGAACUCCCUUUGUAUGCAUGUCAGGGAUUAUGUUCCAUUUUAUUGGCCAAGGGCUUGAGUUUCAGAAGUGAAUGAAAUAAAAUGGCAAAAGACCACAGUGAUAUCUGGGUAGAAUUCUGAUUAAUGGUUGAACAAAGUUGCAAAAAAAUUCAGAUUUUGGUCUUAGCCAAGUAAUUAUCAUA